AUGAAAUAUCCCUACGCUCGUGAGCAUCAUAUUGCUGAGUUAGCUGUCUUACGCGCCUCGAUCCUCACAAACCGGGUUCAAUCCACUGUCAGCGUAAUCUCCAAGUAUGAUGACUCGCCAGUGACUAUUGCCGACUUUGGAGCGCAGGCCCUUCUCAUCAAGGCUCUUCAUGAUGCCUUCCCAGAUGAUAAAUUCUUGGGCGAGGAAGAUUCGGCUGUUUUGAGAGCCGAGGUAGCUCUCAGGAACAAGGUUUACGAUCUUGUGUCAUCGACUGUGGGAGUGAGUGAUCCGCAGGCCUACGGUGCUUUGUUGCCAAAGCUAAGAUCUGUGGAGGAGAUGUUGGAUUUAAUUGACCUUGGUGGGCGUGGAACUGGGGGCGAUAAGGGGCGUUUCUGGGUUAUGGAUCCCGUGGACGGCACUGCAGCAUUCUUGAAAGGUCAACAAUACGCCGUUUCUCUAGCUCUUAUUGAGGACGGACGAGAAGUUGUUGGUGUUCUAGGUUGCCCAAAUAUUAGUGCCAAAAUGACCAGACUUUCGGAGGAAAAUGUCGAGAAAAAUGGUCUUGGCAUCAUGCUCUCAGCCACCCGUGGUCAAGGAUCGUCUAUUCGGAAAAUGACUUUGUAUGGGCUCGAAGACGCUAUUCCUUUGCAUGACCUUGCGCCUUCCAGCUCUGAAAAGCUACAUAUCAUCGACUGCGCCGCUGCCACAGACUGCCGCCACGAUGUUGUCGCUUGCCUCGCUAAUGUUUUCGGUACGAUUUACCCCAAUACAGAGAUUUGGUCGUCCCAUAUUCGAUACGCUGCUCUCAUUAUAGGUGGCGGUGAUGUGCAGUUCUUCGUGCCGACAAGUCCAGCAUGCCAGAUACAUAUAUGGGAUCAUACAGGCGCGCAGUUGAUUUUCACUGAACUCGGAGGAAAGGUGACAGACCUGGAUGGGAAAACUAUGGACUUUGGGGCCGGGAGAGAUCUAAGUCGAAAUAAGGGACUGAUUGCAGCAAGGGGAGAGAUCCAUAAGACUGUGCUUGACACGAUGAAAAAAAUAUUGGAAGAAAGGAGAGAAGGAAAAGCUCAAUUGGUGUAG